GGAAUGACACAUAAGCCCUUGUGCCGUAUAAAAUGAACAUUUCUACCGAACCCAAACCCUAAAACCCUAGUUAAAACCCUCUGGUUUCCUUCCUCACUUGACAAAAACCCCUCUUCUCUGCUCACCUCAAACCCUAAGAAAUGUCUCUAACUAACGCCAUCCGCAGAGUUGCUUCGAGAGUCGCACCUCUCGUCACCAGGGCUUCCGCCGGAAGUCAGAGGUGCCUUCAUCACCACCACGGCGGCUCAGCCCUUUUCUCCGCCGCCAACAAACCCUCGGUCAAUCUAUUGCAGAGAUCGUUCCCGUCGUUUCUCCGCCACUACUCCGCCAGGCCGAAAUCAGAUGAGACACUUCUCCGUGUAAUCGAGGCCGAGAUUGAAUGUGCCGUCGAGUCUAAUGAUCCCGAGGAUGAAGAACUCCCGCCGGGUUUCCCCUUUAAAAUAGAAGAUAUUCCUGGACAGCAGACAAUAACACUAACGAGAGAAUUCAACGGUGAAGACAUAAGCAUUGAAGUUCACAUGCCAGACGUUGUUACUGGUGACCAGGAUGAUGAAUCCAAUGAUGAUGCCGACGGUGAACCAAACUCAAUGUGUACUAUUCCGUUGGUUGUUAGAGUCUCCAAGAGGAGUGGGCCCUCCCUUGAGUUUGGUUGCACCGCUCGACCCGAUGAAGUUGCAAUCGACACCUUGACUAUUAAGGAUCCGAACAACUCCGAGGAUUUAAUUGCGUAUGAAGGACCCGAUUUUGGGGAUUUGGAUGAGAAUUUGCAGAAGGCAUUCAAUAAGUAUAUAGAGGUGAGGGGAGUGAAGCCGAGCGUGACUAAUUACUUGCAUGGAUACAUGGUCGACAAGGACAGUAAAGAAUAUGUGACGUGGCUGCAGAACGUCCAGAAGUUCGUCCAGUCUUGAUUUGCUGUAUGGAUUAAAUAAAUAUUGCUGGAUAUUGCGUGUUUUGAUUAUGCGGUUAUAAUUUUAGAUUUAUUAGCUAUUAUUGAGUUAUGAAGACCUUUAAACUAUAAUUCGGAUUUUUAGCUAUAAUUGAGUUAUGAAGACCUUUUAAAUUAUUGAUGUUGAUGAGUAAGAAUUGGCGAUAUAAUCAUUGUUUUUGUGUA